CGCCCGCAUGGUAAGAAGAACAUCACUCAGGUGCCUCCUACCAAAAACCCUAUCCCCUGCCCCAUAUGCAAAUCGAAUGAACAUCCUCCUGCUUGAUGCCCUCAAGUUUUCUGUGAGCGGUGUAACAAAUUAGGGCAUCUGGCUUCUGUUUGCACGUCAUUCAUUCCUUGGGAGUGUAUUGCCCCAAUGUGUGCUUUUCAGUCUAAGGGGCAGGGAUUUUACUACAUUCAUGAUUCCUGCACGGCUAGUCAGCUUAAGGAGAGGUCCAAUAAUAUUGUUGUUACCAUUUGUUGAGGGUGAGACGUCGACCAGGCAGAUGGAGUUGGAUUUAUCCGACUACCUUGCUACAGGAUGGCGCUGUUCAGCCCAUGCCAUUGGUCCUGGGGUGUUUGUAGUUCGAUUUCCUAACCCUCGAGCUGUUGCGCAAAUCUUCUAUGUGGGAAAUGUUACUCUGAAAACGAGUGGGGCUGUUAUACAUGCCACUCAGUGGUCUUCAGCUGUGGGAUCGAAAGGAAUCAUGGAAGUUGCAUGGGUGAGGGUGAUCAAUGUCCCACUGGAUAAAAGAAGUGAAAGAAACAUAGCAUUUGUGGCUUCACUGGUGGGGGUUCCACUGGAAAUUGAUACUGCAACCUUACAUCGCCCUGCUUCUGUGCGUGUGAAAUUAGGGUGCAGAAAUGUUGACGCUAUACCUGGGAUAGCGGAGUCAGUUUUGGGAGGGCAUUUCUAUGAUUUUGCUUAUGAGGUGGAGCAGGUGCUGAUCAGGGAUCCUAAUCGUGGAAAAAAUGAGAUAAGGGUGCCUCCUAACUCUGAUGAAGGGAACCAUAAAAAAACUAAGCAAGAUGUGAAUCCUGGAGCUCAGAGGGGCAGCACUUCGACUGGGCUUGGAGGGAAAUCUCUCCCCAUUCCCCAACGAGAAGUUCCCGGCCCGAUUCAGGAAUCACAGGAGAGUAUAGAGUCUGAUGACUCUCUCCAUACUACACUUAUUGAAACUAUGAAAUAUGAGCAUGAGCAGGGAGUGAAAGAAAAAGUUGUGGAGGUGGUGGGGCACCAUGAUUCAGCGCUGAAAGUGAUCAGUGAUUACAGGGUGGAGUCCCCUGAGAUGAAUGUUUAGGUGAUCCCCACCCCCCCUUUAGUCACUGAGGAGAAUUUGCACUUCAGUUUGAGGAAUGUGCAGAGUAAGCUAGAGCGUGUGGAGGACAAGGCUGCAGCUGCGGCAAAAAAGAGGAACAUGGAAGGUAAUAAUUUGAAACAUAACUCUUUUGAUGCCUUAUCAGAUCCUGUCCUCAUUCUUAGAGCUGUUAAGAUGGGUGUUGAUAUCCCAGAUUCUGAUUUUGCUAAUAUUGACAUUUUAAGAGAACGGGGAAGAACCAGAAAUAGGGACUCCUUGGGUGACAAGGUAGAUAAUAAAAAUGAUAAUAAUAAUAUCCUGUUAUUGACUAAUGGAAAAGGAGAUCAGACCCCCUUGGACAUGAGAUGGAGUGAGAAAAAUGAGGUGGAUGAGGAACCUUUUACUAUAGUUCGGUCUAGAAAGAAAAAAGAAAGAAAGAGUAAUAUUGUCAUAUCUAGACCUGUAACUAGGAGUCAAAAAGGAAAGAAAGAUCCUGAGAAAAACAAUGGCAGCCCUACCUUGCCUCCUGGUAGGAAUGCCAAACGGGGGAGAAAACCUAAUGUGGUUAAAUGAAUGGUAUAUUUUGGAAUUGUAGGGGAGCAGGUAAAAGUGGAAUGAGUACCUGUUUCUCCGACAUGAUUAAAGAUCAUUCCCUAGAUUUCCUUUGCCUUCAAGAGACUAAGAAAAAGAAUUUCCCUCCCAAAAUUAUUAGGAAAAUAGACCCUGCAGCUCGAUUUGAUUGGAAUUGGAUUCCAUCAAUUGGCAAGGCAGGGGGGAUUCUUUGUGGUGUUACGAGAGAGACCUUAGAAGUUAUAUCUUGGAUCCCUGGUAGAUUUUGCUUGCAAGCCAACCUGUAUGAUAUUAACCUCAAGAGUGUCUGGGCUCUCAUUACAGUUUAUGGAGCAGCCCACGACGACAGUAAAGAUGAUUUCCUUGUAGAACUAGCCUCAAUGUGUGCUCGCACGCAAGUUCCGUACAUAGUGGGUGGUGAUUUUAAUAUCCUUAGAAAGAAUUGUGACAAAAACAAAACCUUGAAUCGAUCCCCUUAUAUGGAUAAAUUCAAUUCCAUUAUAGGUUCGUUAAACCUUCGGGAGAUUUACAUGGGAGGAGGCAAAUACACGUGGACUAAUAAUCAAAAACACCCUACCCUUGAGAAACUUGAUAGAGUUUUGAUGAGUUUUGACUGGGAGGACUUGUUUCCUUUGGUUACCGUUCGUAAGUUGGUUAGGGAUGUUUCCGACCACAAUCCACUUCUCUUGUCCUCGGGAGUGGAUAAAAAAAAUAUGCCCCACCAACAUGAGUUCAGAUUUGAACUUAGUUGGCUGCGAGACGAAAAUUUCUACCCCACUGCCAAGAGGAUCUGGGAACAACCAGUCCGAGCUGAUGAUCCUAUUGAUAUUCUUUAUAUCAAACUGAAACGGCUCAAAAAGUACUUUAAAGGGUGGGGUUCCAAUGUCUUUGGUCAUGCUAAGAAAAGAAAAAAAGAAAUCAAAUUGGAAUUGGAAGGGAUCGAACGUAAAGAAGAAGAAGGACCGCUCGACCCUGAUUUAUAUGAGAGGAAAACAGGCUUACAAACAGAGCUCAGUGAUAUCCUUUUUAAUGAGGAGUUAUAUUGGCUAGAACAAUCAAAUGAGCGAUGGCUUUUAAAAGGUGAUCUUAAUACAACCUUUUAUCAUAGGGUGGCGAAUGGUAAGAAGAGGAAGAACACGAUUCAAUCCCUCACAGACGGGGAAGUUGUGAUUGAGGGGACCACCAACCUUUUAGCUCAUGCUACUUCCUACUAUAAGGAACUAUUUGGCCCUGCUAGAGGAAACCUCUUUCACCUAUCUCCUAAUAUGUGGGCUGAAAGUGAGAAACUAACUGAGGACGAUAAUAUUUUGCUCACUAGUAAAUUCAUUGAGGAAGAAGUGAAAAAAGCACUUUUCGACAUGAAGAGCAACCGAGCCCCUGGCCCGGAUAGCAUACCAGCGGAGUUUUAUAAACACUGCUGGGAAUUUGUGAAACAAGAUAUUAUGCAAUUGUUUGAUGCUUUUCAUAACAACACUUUAGAUGUGGCUCGUUUGAACUAUGGGGUGAUAACUCUUAUCCCGAAAGUGAAUGGAGUCAAAAAAAUCCAGCAAUAUAGACCAAUCUGCCCCCUGCGGUGUCCAUACAAACUUAUCACCAAAGGUUUGGACAACAGAGCGACCAUUUUUGCUGAUAUCCUCACCAGCAAGCAUCAAAAUGCCUUUAUAAAACAUAGGAACAUUAUGGAUGGUAUUUUGACCCUUCAUGAAAUUCUUCACCAUACGCAACGAAAGAAAAAAAUUGGCCUGGUGCUGAAACUCGAUUUCGAAAAAGCCUACGAUAAAAUCAAUUGGGAUUUCCUUCUUGAGUGCCAUAAAAGCAGAGGGUUUGGCCCUGUGUGGUGUGGCUGGAUCCACAAAAUCCUUAGGAAUGGGACCAUUAACAUUAAGUUGAAUAAUGAAAAUGGCCCCUAUUUCCAGAGCUGCAAAGGAGUGCGACAAGGGGACCCGCACUCGCCUUUUUUGUUCAAUAUGGCUGUAGAAGCCCUAUCUAAAAUGAUCCUUAAUGCUCAGAAAGAGAAAAUGCUGACAGGCCUGGCCCCGGACCUGAUCAAUGGGGGUGUGGCUAUCCUCCAAUAUGCAGACGAUACUGUCAUUUGCUUUGAGCAUGACAAAGAAGCUGCGGUUAAUUUGAAACUCUUGCUUUAUAUAUUUGAGCUCAUGUCGGGGCUUAAAAUAAAUUUCCUAAAGAGUGAAAUCUUAUACAUAGGGGGGGAUGAUGGCAUACUUACCUUUUACUCUGAGCUCUUCAAUUGCCAAAUUGGCCACUUUCCUAUGAAAUACUUAGGGGUUCCUGUGAGUUAUUCCACUCUCCGUGCGUUAGAUUGGAACUUUGUGGAUGAUAAAUUCCUCAAACGCUGUGAAUCAUGGAUUGGAAAUGCAGCAUCUUCAGGGGGAAGACUGACCUUACUCAAUUCUUCCCUUACUAGCAUCAUAUUCUACUACAUGUCUAUGUUUAUGCUAUCUAAGAAGGUUAUUGAAAAAUUAGAUAAGCAUAGAAAAAAGUUCUUUUGGCAAGAGACUGAUGGUCGGAAAAGAUAUCACUUGGUCAAGUGGUCUAGAAUAUGUAGAUCCAAAAACAAAGGGGGGCUGGGAGUUAAAGAUCUACAUAGACAGAAUAUCAGUCUCCUCAGCAAGUGGUGGUGGAAACUGGAAACCCAGCAAGGCCUUUGGCAGGAGAUAAUUCGUGCUAAGUAUUUCAGAAAUGAUACGGUCCCCUCGGUGAAAAGUAAAUUCGGGGAUUCCCCCAUCUGGAGAGCUAUUAUGAAAGUAAAGGAAAAAUAUUUGGCAGGCAGGGAAGUGAUCUUAAACUCUGGGAAUGUAGCCAGAAUUUGGAAUGAUCCAUUUAGAGGUGCUGCUCCUUUGCGUGAUAAAUUUCCGGCCUUAUUCAACAUUUGUAAUUAUCAGGAAAUUACUGUUGCUGAAUUUAAAAACUUUGAGGGUAAUGACCUUUUUAGAAGAAAUCUUCAUCCUCCCCUCACGGAUCAGUGGAACAAUCUGGUUGUGGUGGUUAAUUCCUGGCAUUUAUCUGAUGAGGCUAAUCAGAUUAGCUUGUCUUUGGGUAAAAAAGGUAAAUUCUCGACCAAAUCGGUCUACGACUAUUUGGAAAGAUCCCUGGCUGGAUGUGAUUAUAGAUGGAUCUGGAAAGCAAUAAUCCCCCUCAAAAUCCAAAUAUUUCUUUGGCAAGUGUUCCAAGACGCGGUUCUGACUAGAGAUGUCAUGAGAAGGCGUAACUGGGCAGGCGAUCGUAAAUGCUCGUUUUGCAAUAAUGUGGAAACUUCACAACACCUUUUCUUUACCCGCCCUCUUGCUCGGGUGGUCUGGAGGACGGUCGGGUGUGUGUUGGGCACGUCUCUCUGUCCGAACAACAUCUGGCAGUACUUCUCCUGGUUUUACAAUUUCCUUCCUGAUGGAGCUAAAUUUUACACCUCUGGUUUGGCAGCAGUUUGUUGGGCAAUCUGCAACAGUCGUAACCAGGCUACUUUUGAACACAAAGAUCUCAAAAUCCCUUUUAAUGUGGUGUAUG